UUGGAUAGCAAUGGGCUUUUUGACAUCUGACAAAACCUCUAAAUUAUUAUCAUUCCUCACAAAUCACUAAUUUUUGUUUUAAUUUUACUUACCUAAUUUAAAGAUAGUUAAGUUAUGAAUAGUAAAGAAAAAUCUACAACAUGGCUUUGAAAAAGGUUAAAGGUAACUUCGAAAGGAUGUUUGACAAAAAUCUCACGGACCUAGUUCGUGGUAUCCGAAAUAACAAAGAUAAUGAGGCAAAGUAUAUAGCGCAAUGCAUGGAAGAAAUAAAGAUAGAAUUGCGACAAGACAAUAUCGGAGUGAAAGCGAAUGCGGUCGCAAAACUAACAUAUCUACAAAUGUUAGGGUAUGAUAUAUCCUGGGCAAUAUUCAAUAUAAUAGAAGUGAUGAGUUCUAAUAAGUUCACUUACAAACGCAUUGGAUACUUAGCUGCUAGUCAGUCAUUCCAUGCUGAUUCUGAUUUAUUAAUGCUUACAACAAAUAUGAUAAGAAAAGAUUUGAAUGCUCAAAACCAAUAUGAAGCAGGCCUGGCCCUCAGUGGACUUAGUUGUUUUAUAUCACAUGACCUGGCGAGAGAUUUAGCUAAUGAUAUCAUGACUCUGAUGAGCUCAACUAAACCCUACCUUAGAAUGAAAGCUGUAUUAAUGAUGUACAAGGUAUUUUUAAGAUAUCCCGAAGCACUCCGACCAGCCUUUCCUAAGCUAAAAGAAAAGCUUGAAGACCCAGAUCCUGGUGUACAAUCAGCAGCAGUAAAUGUAGUGUGCGAGCUGGCCAGAAAAAAUCCCAAGAACUACCUUUCAUUGGCCCCAGUGUUUUUUAAACUAAUGACCACUUCAACUAACAAUUGGAUGUUAAUCAAGAUUAUCAAAUUGUUUGGUGCCUUAACCCCAUUAGAGCCCCGACUUGGCAAGAAACUGAUAGAACCAUUAACUAAUUUAAUACAUAGCACGUCGGCAAUGUCGCUGCUGUACGAGUGCAUCAACACUGUGAUCGCGGUGCUGAUCAGCAUCAGCAGCGGCAUGCCCGGCCACGCGGCAUCCGUGCAGCUGUGCGUGCAGAAACUAAGAAUACUCAUCGAGGAUAGCGAUCAGAAUCUGAAGUACCUGGGUUUGUUGGCGAUGUCGCGCAUACUGAAAUCGCAUCCGAAGUCAGUGCAGGCUCACAAAGACUUGGUGUUGGCGUGUCUCGACGACAAGGACGAGUCGAUCAGACUGAGGGCGUUAGGCCUGCUGUAUGGCAUGGUAUCAAAGAAGAAUUUGAUGGAGAUAGUCAAGAAGCUGAUGGUGCACAUGGAGCGCGCGGAGGGCACGCUGUAUCGCGACGAGCUGCUCACGCGCAUGAUCGAGAUCUGCGCGCAGAACAACUACCAGCACGUCGUCGACUUCGAGUGGUACAUCACCGUGCUCGCCGAGCUCACCGAGAUGGAGACCAGCGCCAAACACGGGUGCAUGAUCGCAGCGCAGCUGACGGAGGUGGGCGCGCGCGUGGCGGAGACGCGCGCGUUCGCGGCGCGCGAGUGCGCAGCGCUGUGCGCGCGCGGCGCGGCCGAGGCGCCGCGCGCCGCCAGCCGCGAGGUGCUCUACGCCGCCGCCUACGUGCUCAGCGAGUACUGCACGGAAGAGGACGUGAUGCGCGAGGCGCUGUCGCCGCUGGCGCUGUGCGCGGGCGCGGCGGCGGGCGGCGCGCCCAUGCGCGCGCGCGCCGUGUGCGCGCACGCCGCGCUCAAGCUGGCCGCCAAGCUGCUGCUGCUGUACGAGCAGCGCGGCGACCUGCCCGCCGCACUUGCGGUACUACGCGAAACACUAGCGGGGAUGCGACCGUUGCUAUGCAGUGAAGACAUGGAAGUGCAAGAGCGAGCUCAUAACGCGACCGCUCUGCUGACGCUCAUACUGCGGAGACUCAACCCCACGGACCCUGCCCUGACUGACUCCGUCCCUGUGCAGAAUGACGUCAUCGGCACACUUGUAGAACACGAGCAAAGCAAUGGUCUAGACAAGGACUGUACGGAAGAAAUGAAUGGUGAGGAAGUGAACCACAGUUUUAGCGGAGGACUGAUUGAGGAGCUUGCCAGCCUGUUCGAAGGCGAACUCAAACCAGUAGCGCCGAAAGCGCAGAAGAAAGUACCCAUGCCGCCUGACCUCGACCUGAACCAGUGGCUGUCCCACGACGUGUGCUCGUCGGACAGCUCCAGCUCCGAGGGCGAGGACGACACCGCGGCGCUGUUCACCGCGCCGCAGCCCGACGCCAAGCCCAUUCAGCAGUUCACUCCUGAGGAACUAGCCAUGAUGCGCGAGGCUCGCCGCCAGGAGCAGGCCAACAAUCCGCACUACCUGAAGGACGACUCGCCGCGCUCCUACCAGCAGGACGACGUGCCUGUCGCUGAGAUCGCGCUCGAAGUGCCGCUGAUGGUGCAGACCAAGAGAUCUGAUAAGUACUUAAGUAUAAGAGAAAAUUCUAAAAAGGGUAAAAAGGACAAACGGCCGACAAAGAAACGGAAGAACAAAGUAGAAAGACAUUCCACAGACUCUGAAAGUGAUGAAGGUACACGCACGGAGCGGCCGGCGGUGACGGAGGGCGGCGAGCUGCCCGACGGCGCCGCACUCUCGGACGACGAGCCGCCUCCACGCGACGACCCGCACCGUGCGCUCGACCUUGACCUCGACGUGCCAUUGCGUGAAGAAGAGCUGCUAACGUCGAGAGUACAGCAAUAUCCUUUGCCAGAAUCUGGUUUAUUGAUUAAGAAAAAAGAAUCUUCUAAGCAAAAUAAGUCUACGGAAAAGAGGCCCUCUGAAAAAAGCGGUCACAAAAAGAAAGUCAAGAGUUCCAAACGCAGUAAAGCUGUAGAUUUAAUGCUACCGGAAUUGGUAGAUAAUGAUUUAGGUGACGAUUUGUUAAUAGAAACUGAAGAAAAGAGUUAUUCUAAGAGUAACGCCACAGAAGAUGCACCUGAAAGUCAACGGGAGAAACUUAAGACUGAAAAACACAAAAAGUCAAAGAAGGACACCAAGGAUAAGGGUUUGAAGAAAAAGAAAACUUCGAAAAAAGAUAAACAUGAAACGAAACUCGGAUAUGAAGAAGCAUUAGGUAUUUCCACGCCAAGCAAAGAAGUUAUAUAGUGUACGGCGCGAUACAGAAGUUUUAACGAUUUACGGAACCCUUAUCUCACGCUCUCAGUGCAAUUGUUUGUUUGAACAAUUAGUUAUAAUAGUUAGACUCAUAUAUGAAAUAUAUUACAGGCAAUGUUUUCAUUCAUGUCUAAGUGAAACAUGUCCAUUUAUAUAUUAAAUAAUAUAAACGUAUAUUUCUAUCGUAGACUAAUAAAUAUAUAUAAUCAUGUACAGUUUUAUUGAAAGUUUUAAUUUUUAAGAAUAAUUAAAUAAAACGCUAUUCAUCUACACGA